CGAAAGAUCCGUCUACUUUUAUUUUGAAACUCCAUAAGGCUCUUUCUAAAUAUGUUCCAGGAGCUCUUAUUUUCUUGGAUCAUACCAAGCUUCAAACUACAGAUCAGGAAGCAACAUCUUUAGACUCAUCACUUAAGAACUCGAGAAAAUAACUGAAUGUUGCCGAACCACACCCGGUCUUGUUGUUCUCACUGUCUUGUAUCCCAUCCAUCCAAGAUUGCAUCGCCAUGCGUUUGGAAAGGCUUUUCAUGAUUUUCUAGAUAGAAUCUCGAUAAAGGAAAUCUCCCGAUGGGAAGACAAGAUCAUGACUUGGGUGGAAGCAAUUACUAAAUCUUCGCAAUAUCCAACAGAUUUCGUUCCCACAAACGAGAAUCAGUAUGAUUGUAUCAAGAGUGUAGUUGAACGUGUUAUUUGUGCGCUAUACAAGACAAGACCCGAACUCUCGACUACUUUCUAUACACUGAGUGUAAAAUCUGGGGUGCAAGACGUGAUCCAACUAUUGAAACAAUCAAAAUAUCCUCUCGUUAUAGGGAUUUGGGGGAAAGCAGGGAUUGGUAAAACAAGCAUUGCCACGACCAUUUAUGAUCUCAUUGGUCCUUAUUUUGAGGGAAAAUGCAUGUUCACUAAUGUCAGUGGAGUUUGGGGACGAAGUAAUGGUCCAGUUUCUUUACAAAAAGAACUUCUUUUUUAUGUCAACAAAACCACUGCACUCGAAAAUGUGACUUUAAAAGAAAACCUUCGACAUAAAAGGGUACUUCUUAUACUUGAAGAUGUUGAUAAAUUGGAGCAGCUAAAUGCUUUGUGUGGAAGUCGUAACUGGUUUGGUGCAGGUAGCAAAAUAAUCAUCACAACAAGAGAUAGACGUCUACUCAAAGAGUAUCGAGUUGACCAUAUAUAUAGAGUGAAAGAAUUGGACAAAAGUGAAUCGCUUGAGGUUUUCAAGUGGGGUGCAUUAGGAAAAGAAACAACUUCUCCAGAAAAUUUCGACGAACUUUCCAGAGAGGUAGUUGCUUAUUCUGGGGGAUGGCCUCUUGCUCUUAUAGCCCUAGGGAGGCUUAUGCAUGGAAAGGAAGCCCUUCAGUGGAAAGGUGUGUUAUGGAGUCUCAAAAAUUUGUCCAUUCCAGCUCCACGACUACUGAGUACCUUAGAAAAGAGUUUUAAUGAGUUGAGUGAUAACGAGAAACAAACAUUCCUUGAUAUAGCAAGUUUCUUUAUUGGGAAGAACCAAAAUGAUGUACUCCAAAUAUUAAAUAGGUCAAUACAAAACGCGGCUCUUCAAAUAAGCCUUCUUGAAGACAAGAGCCUUGUAACCAUCGUUGAGAAUAACAAGCUUGAAAUGCAUAUUCUCCUACAAGCCAUGGCAAGAGAUAUCGUUAAAAGAGAAUCAAGCAACAGGACUAAUCAGCCAAAGAUGUAUGACGUGUUCUUGAGCUUCAGAGGGGAAGACAGUCGUGCAAAGUUCAUGUCACAUCUUUCAAAAUGCAGGAAUUUAUGCUUUUAGAGACGAUGAUGAGAUUGAACGAGGAGAUCAGAUCUCAAUAUCACUUUUGCGAGCAAUUCAACAGUCUAGAAUUUCUAUCGUUGUUUUGACUACAAACUAUGCUAAUUCAAGAUGGUGCAUGCUAGAGUUGGAAAGGAUCAUGGAAAUU